AUGGCUAUGGCAGCCCCAGGACAACUCAACGUGAACGAGUCACCCUCGUGGGGGUCCCGAAGCGUUGAUUGCUUCGAGAAGUUGGAGCAAAUUGGCGAGGGCACGUAUGGAAGUGUGAUGUGUCAGGUUUACAUGGCUAGAGAGAUCAAAACUGGUGAAAUUGUUGCUCUGAAGAAGAUUCGAAUGGACAAUGAGAGAGAAGGAUUUCCUAUAACAGCUAUUCGAGAAAUAAAAAUUCUAAAGAAACUACACCAUGAAAAUGUAAUUAAGUUGAAAGAAGUUGUGACUUCUCCAGACGGUAACAAAUAUAAAGGUGGCAUCUACAUGGUCUUUGAAUACAUGGACCAUGAUUUGACAGGUCUUGCUGACCGACCAGGGAUGAGAUUUACAGUUCCCCAAAUCAAGUGUUACAUGAGACAGCUUCUGACCGGGCUGCAUUACUGUCACGUAAAUCAAGUACUUCACCGAGAUAUCAAAGGUUCAAAUCUUCUCAUAGAUAAUGAAGGUAAUCUGAAACUUGCUGAUUUUGGAUUGGCACGGUCAUUUUCUAACGAGCACAAUGCAAAUCUUACAAAUCGUGUCAUCACAUUAUGGUACAGACCCCCUGAGCUGCUGCUUGGGACAACAAGGUAUGGGCCAGCUGUAGAUAUGUGGUCUGUGGGGUGCAUCUUCGCAGAGCUUCUUCAUGGGAAGCCUAUCUUUCCUGGAAAAGAUGAGCCAGAACAAUUAAAUAAGAUUUUUGAGCUAUGUGGAGCACCAGAUGAAGUGAACUGGCCUGGUGUUUCGAAGACUCCCUGGUAUAAUCAGUUUAAGCCAACAAGACCAAUGAAAAGACGUCUCCGGGAAGUUUUCAGACAUUUUGAUCGGCAUGCUCUGGAAUUGUUGGAGAAGAUGCUGACACUUGAUCCUGCUCAGAGAAUUACUGCUAAGGAUGCACUUGAUGCUGAAUAUUUCUGGACUGAUCCAUUACCAUGUGAUCCUAAGAGUUUACCCAAAUAUGAGUCAUCACAUGAGUUCCAGACCAAGAAAAAGCGCCACCAGCCACGACAAAACGAAGAAAAUGCCAAACGUCUUAAAAUGCAGCAUCCUCAACAGCACACACGCCUGCCCCCAAUUCAGCAGACUGGGCAACAGCAACCUCAAAUGCGGCAAGGUCCUAACCACCCUAUUCAUGGGUCUCAACCAGCAGUUGCUGCAGGACCUAGCCAUCACUAUGGGAAGCCUCGAGGUCCCUCUGGUGGGCCUGGAAGAUAUCCUCCUGGUGGGAACCCUGGUGGGAACCCUGGUGGGGGAUACAGUCACCAAAAUCGUGGAGGUCAAGGAGGAGGUGGUGGUGGCAGUUAUGGCAGUGGGUCAUAUCCUCCCCAAGGCCGGGGUGCACCUUAUGCGUCAAAUGGUAUGCCCGGUGGUGGUCCACGUGGCGGGGGAGGUAGUGGCUAUGGAGUUGGAGCUCCAAAUUAUCCUCAAGGCGCACCUUAUGGUGGAUCAGCAACAGGACGUGGAUCAAACAUGAUGGGUGGUAACCGCAAUCAACAGUAUGGUUGGCAGCAGUAA